AUGGGUCAGUUUGCUAGUAAAGAGAAAGAGGCGUUGGACCUCGCCAACUUAUUACCAGCCUCGAAUUCCAAAAUUCGACACAGGGAUUCCCUGCCUACGUUUAUCGACUACGAGACCUCACCUACUCAGGAACCACCGUUUGAGGAACCACAAUUUAAAGAACCAAAGUUUGAGGAACCACACAUUGUGGAAUCAUUGUUUAAGGAACCAGAGUCUCAGGAAACGAAGUUUGAAGAAGAAGAGUUUGAGGAACCACAAUUUGAGGAAUCAAAGUUUCAGGAACCACAAAUUGAGGAACCACAAUUUGAGGAAACAGAGUCUAAUGAACCAGAAUUUGAAGAACCAAAGUUUGAGGAACCACAUUUUGAGGAACCUGAGUGUCAGGAACGGUAG